UCUUUUAGUUUUGUGUUUCCUGUAGUGUUGUGGGAGGGAAUUUACAAAACCCAAAACAGACAGUGAGUCAGUUUGACUUACAGGGGCUGACAGGAUGCAGAGAGCCGUGAUUCUGGUGUGUCUGGUGGUCAUGGGGUCGGCCUGGAUUGGGCAAGCGGUCCCAGUGCUCCCAGACCCUCUUAUUCUCACACAGGAGAACUUUGAUCUGGGCCGGUUCAUGGGCAGGUGGUAUGAGGUAGCUGUGGUGUCUACUUGCCCUCACUUCAUGCAGCGCAAGAGGGGAAACCCUGUCAUUGUCGCACUGGAGCUGCAACAUGUUGACUCUGAAGGCAACUUCACAAUGACAGCCACUAGUUUCAGGAAUGGCACAUGUAAGCAGACGUCCACAAAUUACGCUUUGACCAACACUCCAGGACGAUUCUUCCACCAUGUUGCAAGGUUCGGAGUGGACGUUGAUUCCUUUGUGGUUCACUCCAGCUAUGAUGAGUACGCAAUGAUGCUGAUACUGAGCACAGAGAAAGCAUCAGGAAAUAAAACCAUCAUAGUCAAGCUUUAUAGUCGAACUAUGAGUGUGAGAGCAGCUGUGUUGGAGGACUUCAAAACUCUGGUCAGACAACAUGGAGUGAGUGAUGACACCAUCAUCAUGAAUCAGAAUAAAGGUGAGUGUGUUCCAGAUGAGCAGGUGACAAAGGCCAUCACGACUCAGCCUCAGAGUUCUGAUCCCAAGAGGAGGAAAAGAAAUUCGGUGCUACCUAUGGUUCCUGCACAGGAGGAGGACGCUGGCAACGUUUGGCCAGACAGUGUGGAGUGAAGAGAUGACAGAGAGGACAUAAAUGAUGAAAAUAAACUGCAGCAGGGUGGACAGAUCAUGUGGAAUAACUGAAGAGGAGAAUCGUCACACAAACCACUACCACUACUAUGCUGAGUGUAAAAAAAAAAAAAAAUUACUCAAUGGAUAAAAUGACCCUGUUUUGUUGGUACUGACUUCUGUAGAUCGGAACAUACUGUAUGAUUACCAUAUGUUACACUGUAACUAUUGUCUUGUAUUUUCAUAUUCAUAAUAUGCUUGAUAUGUCAAAAUCAAUUUAUAAUGGCACCUUGCAAAUAAAAUGAUUCCGUUUUUA